CCUUUUCCCUCAAAAGGCGUCAAAUUGGCCCACUGAUACAAAGAAAUUUCUGUUGGCGACUGUCUGCUCCCCGUCUUGCAGAAUACUGAAAAGCAAUGCAGAUUGAGGUGAAGUGUAGCUGUGGUGAAGGGAACUGCCGAGAAUGGGCGAUUGUGGAAUUGCAGGGGGUGGUUGAACCUCAAUCCUCCUACCAAGGUCGUCUGCAGAACCUCGAAAUUGGACGCCUUUGCCGCCCUUCUUCUCAGGAGACGUACACUUUUACUGUUGGGUAUCAUGAAUUAACAGGGUCGAAAGUGGCCUUGAAGAAACCAUAUUUAGUUUUGAAGAAAAUAAGACAUGUCGACCAAGAACAAAGUAGUGACCCCAAUGCAUCAAGGGUAGAGUUGGAAGUUGUUGGCAUUGUCCAGCACAGGAUUUUAUUCAAGACUAGACCAAAGGCUCUAAUAUCAAGAUCAGAACCAGCAGCAAGAGGAAAAUCCAGUUUGUCAAAUUCUGUACUGCCAAACCAACCAGCUUGAAAUCCACAUGCAGCACUAUGGAUAACUGAAGGCAUUGAAACAAGUGAUUAUAAUAUUUGGCAUAUUUGGAUGUGUCCAAACACCAACCUGUUAACUUGAAUUCCAUCAUUGGUGCAAACUCAGCCAUUCUGUGCUGUAAACAGUAAUCAUAACAGGGAACUACUUGUUGGUUAUAUACAUGUACAUUAGCUUCAAGUUUCACUGUUAAGAAUUUAUGAGUUUCAUGAUUGAUGUUGCCAUGUUGAUCAUGAUAAACAAUUAUUUAUGCUGUUUCCUAGCAAAACAAAUUAUACAAAAGAAUUGAAACACAAACUUAUACAUAGAACCAAA